CUCACCGGAAAUCUUACCUGAUUGCCGUCACGUUUGCUUUCCUGUAGUCUGCUAGUUAGAACAAGUCAUACGGUAAGCUGUCUUCUGGAGGCUAAAAUCCCAACCAAAACCAUUGAUAUACUUUGUUCAGGCUGAUUAUUUAAUUUUUUAACUGCAACCAUUGGUACUGUACCAUGCUGGUUGUCUGGCGGAAUGUUCUAAACUGGUCGUGUAUCUGGACCGUUUUCAUCGUCCUGUCGUGGCCCACUGGAUUCGUUGUUUCUGAGCUACCUGCUGAUUGGGAAUCCUACAUAUCCCCAGAAAUUUUGGACCGAUAUGCCGGAAAGCCAACUAAUGACCCUUCCGCUGAACUAAAAUUUGAGGAUGACAUCCUGGGCAUCGACCUAACCGAAAGCGAAACGGACGUCAGUUUCACCACAGCAGAUACGGGAAACAACUUUUUCGAUACUUCAUAUUCGCGAUGGUCCGGUGGAAUCGUACCUUUUGUAAUCGCCCCAUCGUUCACUGCAGAAGAAAGACUAACCAUCUUGACUAGCCUCCAGAAAAUGUCCAACGCCACCGGACACUGCGUAACAUUCGUUCCUCGCGUCCACCAUCGGGAUUUCGUGCGAUUCUUGCGGCAUACAGAGUGCUCGUCUCAUUUUGGGCGUCAGGGAGGCGGACAGCAGCUUCGGCUCUCUCCUGCGUGUGCUAUGGACCCGGGCGACAUUCAGCACGAAGCGAUGCAUGCGCUAGGUUUCUUACACGAAAUGAGUCGUCCCGAUCGUGACCAGCACAUUAGCAUAAAUUACGACAAUAUACUACAAGGCAACCGACACAAUUUUGAUAUUCGGGUGCGAAAUACUCGCACUUUUGGCCUACCUUAUGAUUACGCAUCAAUUAUGCAUUAUCCAGUUUUUGCUGCUGCAAAAGACAAAACGAAACCGACCAUAAUCCCCACUAAAAAACCGGCGCAAUGCAUUGGACAGAAAUAUGGCCUAAGUUUUCUUGAUGUUGUGAAAAUCAAGAUCGCGUAUGGUUGCUUAAGCGAAUCAGAAUUCCAGGCAACUAAUUGGACAAAAUAUUCACUGGAAAAUACGAUGUGCUCAAAAGUGGCUUUGCGAACUAGCGAAGGUUUCGAAACCGGCAAGGACUACUUUUCCCCCUUAAAAACUCACAGAUUAAUUCUUCAGUCCGACAAAAACCUAGUAAUGUACCGUGAAUGUGACGGAAAACCGGUCUUUGCUACCUUCACAUGGGGUUUUCCAAAGGUCAAAGCAGAGCUUGAUGAGAAUGGGCAAUUUCAAAUCGAAGCAUCAACUGCAGAGGAGGCGCAACCGCUCCAGUAUUGGGGUUCAGGAACAUGGAGCUACCGAAGCUCCGAGCUGUUUGUAUCGGAUGCGGGAUAUUUCUAUUUAUGCAACUACGCAGUUGGAUGUUAUUGGCGCUCUAGCGGUCAACUCAACAACGGCUGCAACCGAACUACCAACUAUUUUCCACUCGUAGCUUAUAAUUAUAGAGUAAUCAUCAAAGCCGGAGAAGAUUUGGACCUAUCAUCCACAUACCUCUCGCCAAACGAGGAAUUUAGCCUGGCAGUGCACGAGGAAAAAGCCAUUGUGGUAUGGCGCAGAUGUGAUAAUCGGCAAGCGUUCAGAGCAGUAGCCCGGAACGCAAUAAGCCGUAUAACCCUGCAUGGGACCGGUAACUUAGCUGCACAUGCGGCGGACGGCUCGUAUAUCUGGUGGUCCGACACUUAUGGAUCCAGCCAGCUGAAGCCUGAACUGCGACUGUACGACAACGGAUUCCUGUAUCUAUGCGAUGAUAACGGAUGUUACUGGCAGUCAAGCGGAUUCCUGGAUAAGUGUCCUCCAACCAUACCCAAGUCAUCGUACAAAGUGUGCGCGAUUUUAUGGUAUGAGGCCAAUUAUACAAAAAGAGAGACACCUGUCCUUGCAGGAACGGAAAGUGUUCUACACGAGGCUUCCCAAAACAAAUUCAGUUCCGCUAAGGUAUCUUUGGGGUGCGCUCUGACGAUUUACAGUGAAGUAAACUAUGCGGGAGCUACAGAUACUUUAUCCCCAACAAGGAAGGGAUAUCUCUGGUAUUCGUUUCAAAACACUUCAUGGGAUAACGCUGUGCGUUCGCUGCGAUGCUCCUGUUCAAAGGACGAGAUGGCGGAAUUUCUCAUUCACAGCUGAUUUAAUUUAAAUCUAUUCUUUUAGAACCGUUUAUACUACUUUUCUUUAUUAUGUCAUAAUACACUACCAUGUUGUAGUAACUCAGUGAAAAGUUACUGACUUUCUGUGGAUUCCAUUGUUGCAGUCCAGUUAAAUUUGCUGAAUUAGUAUUUGGUCAGUACGGUCCUGUACGGAACACUCGCGGUUUCUUAGCCUUUCUAGCACUUAAUACGGUAAUUCUCUCGAUACAGAUAGCAAGAUAAAUAUAUUUAAUUACUAUCAAGCGGCAGCAAAUAA